ACUUGUAACUUAUCAGCGUUCAGCUUAUCUGCCUUGAAAGUUGUUUGGCUUGAGUGCAUUUAAAAAUUUGAAAAAGUAGUUGCUUGAAAUGGAUCCUUCUCUAAAAGUGAACUGUAUAAAAGACUGCUGCGAGGAUGUCUCGUUCCAAGGGGUUUGGGAUUGGGUCAUCAAAUUCAAUGAUCCUUUUACCCUGCAUAAAGCACAGCCCACCUAUUUAUUUUCUCAGGCUUCCUUCAUUUUUGGAGCGGUCGCUACACUUUCUCAUGCGUUGAAAAAUGGAGGCCGUUGGCCUUAUCUGUGGUUUGGUACAGUUCUUCAUGGACUUGUUUUGGAAAUCAUUUGUUACUUGCAGCCAAAUGUGGAUAAUUUUUGGCAUUCACAAACUCCUGUCAUUUUAUUUGGAAGAAGGCUACCUCUCCACAUAGUAUUUCUUUAUCCAUGCUUCCUUUAUCAGGCAAUGGCAGCUGCUGCUAAUAUGAGACUUUCUUGGUGGGCUGAGCCAUGGGCAGUUGGAGCAAUAGUUGUUUUGAUCGAUAUGCCUUACGACAUAGCAUCUGUGAAAUUUGUACACUGGACAUGGCAUGACACUGAUCCCAACAUAGGCGAUCGACACUACUGGGUGCCAUGGAAUUCAUACUUUUUUCACUGCACUUUUGCUGCAAGUUUCAUCUUCUGGUUCAACCGCUCAAUGGGACAUGUAGCAAUGCAUGACAAGUGGUCGGCAAACAGUUUUAUGAUCGAAGUGAAAAGAAUGCUGGUGGCUUCUCUUCUUGGCGCACCUGGAGGGGUUUUAGUGUUCAUCCUAAUCUAUCAUCCUCUUCACGACAUUGCUGGCAUACAUACUGAAGUCACUUUCUUCAUUAUGUUUAGUAUAGUCAUGCUGAUUAUUUGGACCAAUGACAGGUGUCCAAAAUCAGGUAAUCCACCAGUUCUCAGAUCAAGGACAAUUAUUGUGGUUGCAUUGCUCGUCCAUUACUUGGUGUUCCUUUCGAUGGUGAUAGUAGGCAAUCCAGAAAAUGAGGUGUCAACAGGACUCCAUGAACCAACCGGGCCAUGCAACGAGACGGCACCACUACAAACGGCUCUAGGAAUGGUUUUAGAAAAAAAGAAGUAUCUUUGCGUUGACGAUUAUGACGAAGGAUACUUUGACUUCUCGUGCACUGGGACAGGUCCCCCGGAAGGCAUCAAGAGGUGGUACACCAUCUGCGGAACUGCGUUUGCCAAUCGCGCAGAGUACAUCAGCAUAAUAGCAACCAUCUCCACUGUAGCAGCCGGUUUCUUUUACAGUGUCCACUUCAAUGUAAAUUCUGUUUCUGAUGAUUUAAAAAUUAAAAAGAUAUCUUAAUAUGUUCAA